AUCCCCGCCCCCUCCUCUCCAGCUGUGACAGUCGGUAUAGAUGGAGUCCGGCCCGGCGGGUGUCUCGGAAUCUCCGGGCGGUAUGAGUCCCGGGCACAGCGCCCUCCUCUCCGCUCUGUCCCCGGAGGCUCUGCGCUUUGAUGAGGACGAUGACCUGGAGGUGUUCAGUAAGGAUGCAACUCUGAACGAUGGAAGCUCAUUCAGUCCUUUGAUGCUGGCCUCACCUUCCUCUAUGAUCAACCAGAUCAAGUUUGAGGACGAGCCUGAUGUCAAAGAUCUUUUCAUUACCGUUGAUGAGCCAGAAUGUCACGUCACUGCCAUUGAAACUUUUAUUACCUACAGGAUUGCCACAAAGACAACCCGCGGUGAAUUUGAUUCAAGUGAAUUUGAAGUCAGGAGACGUUAUCAAGAUUUUGUUUGGUUGAAAAGCAGACUUGAAGAUGCUCAUCCGACGUUAAUAAUUCCUCCAUUGCCAGAAAAAUUCAUAGUUAAAGGGAUGGUGGAGCGAUUCAACGAUGAUUUCAUUGAGACUCGGAGGAAAGCUUUGCAUAAAUUUUUGAACAGAAUAGCUGAUCAUCCAACAUUAACUUUUAAUGAUGACUUCAAGAUUUUCCUUACAGCUCAAGCAUGGGAGCUGACAUCUCACAAAAAGCAAGGUCCUGGACUUUUCAGCAGAAUGGGCCAGACACUCAAGGCUGUAGCAUCUUCUGUGCGGGGAGUUAAAAAUCGCCCUGAAGAAUUUACAGAGCUGGGAGAGUAUGCGGAGGCUUUUAGCCAGAAAAUAAAUGUUUUAGACAAAGUGUCUCAAAGGAUCUCUAAAGAAGAAAAAGAUUACUUUGAAGAAAUGAAAGAGUACGGUCCCAUCUACACUCUGUGGUCAGCAUCUGAAGAAGAGCUGGUAGACCCCCUGAGAGGGGUUGCAAAUUGCAUAGACAAGAGCUGCAAGAUCACAGAAGCCUUGAAUACUAAGCUCUCGUGUGAUCUGAUUCCAAUUAUUCAUGAAUAUGUCCUAUACAGUGAAACACUGUCUGGUGUACUGAAAAGAAGGGAUCAAAUUCAGGCUGAGCUUGAUGCCAAAGUGGAUGCUCUGGUCAGUAAGAAUGCAGAUCGAGAUCUACUGAAAGAAGAGGUCGGAAAACUUGAAGACAAAGUUGAAUGUGCCAACAAUGCUUUGAAAGCCGAUUGGGAGAGAUGGACAAAAAACAUGAGAUCAGACUUGAAAGAUACAUUUGUAAAUAUGGCAGAUUGCCAGAUAAACUAUUACGAAGAGUGCCUGGCCACAUGGGAAUCUUUUCUUUCAUCUCAGUCCUGUGACGUGAAUAUUGACGCAAGCCAAGAGGACAGUUCUGAGCACCUUUGAAUAACUCUGAAUGCCUUGCUAUUCAUUCAGUGUCCAGUAACCAAAGACGUGACCUUAUUUAUGCAAGGACCACCUGGAGACACAUAAUAUAUUCUGUAUUAUACUGUAAACACAAAGCACUGCCAAAGCCAAUACUGGCAUAGUCUUCCAGGCUCCAAAAACCACCCUGUCAAUUACAGAUCAGGUAUUCAGCCGCCAAGACUUGCAGUAUGUUUUUUAUGCAUGACUGGCAUUUGGAUAGGGUUGUGUAAAUCAUGUCUGUGUAUUCUCUUUUGUAUCUAGUAAUUGUUUUAAAUAUGUAAUAUGAAGCCUUUUAAUUAAAGAGUUUAAUAAAAGUUUUCAAGCUUG